AUGUUUGGUGUAUUAUUUAUUUUUGGUAUUUUUACUCAAUUGGUAUUAGCCAAAUCAGCAAAUUUCAAAUCAUUUCCAACCAGACAAGAACAAGUAAAUCUAUUGACCAAUGUUCAAGAAGUUUUCGAGGAAAUUAAAUUUUUGGUUAGCGAAGAAUCUAAAAUGACGGUGGAUUCUGUUAAAGAUGAUGUAGAAAAAGUUAUACGAAGAGGAUCAGAAUUUUUGGAUAUUUAUGUGGAACUUGUAACAAAUCGUGUAUCGGCUUUCUCGAACUCAGCCUGUUCUUUGGAGCCCAAAGGCAAGAUGCGGGAGAUAGCCAAAGAGGGUAAGGAAUUAAUAAAAGGAUGCGCGUUAAGAUCUAAUGAGGACAUAGUCGAAAGCACGACUCAAACGGGAAACACGACGAAUGUCGCUCUGAAAAAGGGACAGGAAUUGCUGGACUCUCUGGGUGACUGCAGCCGAAAACCGGCGUUCCAAUUAAUUUCCUGUUACAAGGGUAUCAUCGAUACUGACGUUGUUCCAGUUAAAUUGAUAUUCCUGAGGGCUUUGAAGGACCACCAGAAGGACCACUUGAGGGUGAUCGAGGUUAGAAAUGAGGCGAACGAAUGCGUCGAUACCAUUCUUGACGGAUACAGAGUUAAAAUGGAUGCGAUGCUUAAAAAGGCGUUGGAAUGCUAA